AUGAAUACCCAUCUCCAAGGAUCAUCCCCCAGGUCUCCGGCGCCGUCACCUGAUCCUGACGUUGACGAGGGUAGUUCUAAAAAACAGGCAACAAGAGUGUUUAAGAAAAGUUCUUCAAAUGGCAAAAUCACCGUUUAUUUAGGAAAACGUGACUUCGUUGACCAUAUUACCCAUGUCGAUCCAAUAGAUGGUGUCGUACUGAUAGACCCCGACUAUGUAAAAGAAAGGAAAGUUUUCGGACACGUACUAUCUGCCUUUCGGUACGGCCGUGAGGAUCUGGACGUGCUGGGACUAACCUUCAGAAAGGAUCUUUAUCUGGCAUCAGAACAGAUUUUUCCACCAUUGGAGUCGGACCGGCCUCUCACCCGCCUACAGGAGCGUCUGAUUCGGAAGCUCGGAUCAAAUGCGUAUCCCUUCUACUUCGAGGUGCCCCCACACUGUCCAGCAUCUGUCUCGUUGCAGCCAGCUCCCGGCGAUACCGGUAAACCAUGUGGUGUAGAUUACGAGCUCAAGGCCUUUGUUGGCGAAUCACAAGAAGACAAACCACAUAAACGGAACUCGGUUCGGUUAGCGAUAAGAAAAAUCAUGUACGCACCCUCGAAGCUUGGCGAGCAACCGUCAAUUGAGGUUAGCAAAGAGUACAUUCUAAAACCAAAUAAAAUUCACCUGGAGGCAAGUUUGGAUAAAGAGCUUUAUCAUCACGGCGAAAGCUUGUCAGUGAAUGUACAUAUAGCAAAUAAUUCAAGUAAAACUGUUAAGAAAAUUAAAGUGUCGGUCCGACAGUUUGCGGAUAUCUGUCUCUUCUCCACGGCGCAGUACAAGUGCACAGUAGCAGAAGUGGAAUCAGAAGACGGAUGUCAGGUUGCUCCCGGUUUCACACUAUCGAAAGUGUUUACGCUGACGCCACUGCUGGCCAAUAAUAAAGACAAGUGGGGCCUGGCUCUUGACGGCCAAUUAAAGCACGAGGACACCAAUCUGGCCUCGAGCACACUGUCUCGCACACUGGUCGACGGAAAAUAUAGAAUUGCUGAUCCUUCACAACGAGAAAACUUGGGCAUCAUUGUGCAGUACAAAGUAAAAGUUAAACUGUGCAUCACACCAUUGGGCGGAGAUUUGGUAGCCGAACUUCCGUUCAUACUCAUGCACCCGAAACCGGACGAUGACGAACCCGUGAUAGCGGACAGAUCGCCGGGUCGGACGGUUAAUAGUGCCGAUAGAAAGCAUUCUUACCAGAGCGGUCACGAUAUGGGCUCAAACAGCAACAACGGUGAUGCGAACGCCACCAAAGAAGAUGGUCCAAACCUAAUUCAGCUGGACGGAGAUGACAACUGUCCAGAUGAUGAUAUUAUAUUUGAAGAUUUCGCACGAUUACGUCUGAAAGGUGCCGAAACGGAAGCUUAA